CGUGGUAUCUGCUAUACUGGAAACAAACAGCUGUCUCCCUACUUCCUACAUCUCGAUAUCUGGUUAAAACUACAGUACGGGACUGUGCUGAACUCUAUCUAUUGUAACAGUCUGGCUCUUGCAGUACGCGCGUCUCACUGAGGAGGAAUAAUUAGCCAUAGCUGUUAACAGAAGGGGAGCAUUGUUUAUUGGAUACAGUUCCACGGAGUUCUUGUUGUAAUUAUUACUGGGGGACCAGAUUGCACCAGAGCGUGUCUGACACUGAUAGCACUGCAUUCUGCAUCCAAGCAUGAAGUGAAUGGGACCAGGGAUUCAACGGGGUUCUGUUUUGUUGUGAAUGCUGCAACUGGAUUCAAAGGAAACUACAAUACAGUAAAGGAUGAGUGGAGGAGAAAUUAUCUACCAGGGCUGGUUAAGAAAGUCCCCGCCAGAGAAGAAAUUAAGGCGAUACGCGUGGAAGAAGCGCUGGUUCAUCCUUCGCAGCGGGCGGAUGAGCGGGGAUCCAGACGUGCUCGAGUACUACAAGAACGACCACUCCAAGAAGCCCAUCCGCGUCAUCGACCUGCACUGCUGUGAGCAGGUGGACGCCGGGCUCACCUUCAAGAGGAAGGAGUUCCAGGACAGCUUCGUCUUCGACAUCAAGACCUCCGACCGCACCUUCUACCUGGUGGCCGAGACCGAGGACGACAUGAACAAGUGGGUGCGCAGCAUCUGCCAGAUCUGCGGCUUCAACCAGUCCGAGGAGAACAACGAUGCUACCAGAUCCAUGAUGUCUUCAAUCCAUGCCCCCCGCUCCACACCAGCAGAUCUGAGUGGUUCUAUCCCUCCACUAAUAGGGGAGCGGAAAUCUUCAGCCCCCGCACACUCCAGUCAGCCUGUUCUCUUCACCUUUGACACCCCACUGCGUCACUCCCAGACCACUCUCUCCACCAGCGCCCCCCAGGAUUAUCUAUUCCUACAUCAGUGCAGGAGCAUGAAAAGUGAGAACGUCAGGAGUGCCAGCUUCUCCCAGGCCACGCGGUCCUCCCUGUUGAUCGGCAGUGACACGGCGGUGCAGAAGCUGUCCCAAGGUUUCGCACACUGCCUCAACGGGAUGGGCGCCCAGCUACAUGGCUUCUACAGCCUGCCCAAACCCAGCAAGCAUCAGCACCCCUUUCUGGGGGAGCAGCAGCGGGACUCUAGCUACGACCUGCCCAGAAGCUUCGGCUCGGAGGGCCACGUGCGGGCCAGCCUGCCCGAGCUGGAGCUGGAGAAUGAGGAGGUGUACACCUUCAAGACCCCCAACAACACCCUGGCCACCGACAACUAUGACCUGCCCACCCUGCCCGGCUCAGUCUACCAGAUCCCCCGCACCUUCACCUUCGACACGAACCACAAUGCGCUGGGCAUGGGGGCCACCGACUCGGCCGGAGCUCCGCCGCCGCGGCCCCCCAAACCGGGACAGAUAUCUGAGCAGUGGGGCAUCAUGAAGCACAACGGGGAAAGUGCCUCUGUGGCUGCCAACCCCCGGAGGAACACGCUGCCCGCAGUGGAGAACUUCAGGCUGUAUCGAGCCUCCUCUUUUGAGACGAACGACCACCCUCAGCAACUCAGCUUCAGCAGUACCGGCCAGUCCGUGGAGUCGGUUCACGACGGGUUCAGCUCCUAUCUUAGGACAAAAGCUUCUGUGGCUCGUUCGGACAGCGGCGACUCUGAAGACAACUAUGUGCCAAUGAACCCGGGCUCCUCCUCCUCUCCCUUUAACACUGCGUCAGCCAACAACCCUCAGAGCAUCUACAUUCCCAUGAGCCCCGGCCCACACCACUUCCACUUCCCAUCGGUCUGCUCGGCAACCCUCCCUACGCGCAAGAGCAGCACUGCCUCCCCGUGCCAUCGACCUGGGCGUCUCAGUGACAUCACACCUCCCCCCGUCGACCGCAACCUUAAACCAAAACCAACACCUCUGGAUUUGAGAAACAACCUUGUUAUUGAUGAGUUCCCACACAAGUCUCCAGUCACCAAGUCCUGGAUUAGACCAGUGCCAGUCAUGAACUCUAUCUCCACACAAAACUGUCGACCCAUAUCCACACAAAGCAUUACCAGUACUGAUUCAGCGGACAGUGAAGAUAACUAUGUUGCAAUGCAAAACCCUGUCUCUACCUCUCCUGCAAACAGUGGCACAAGCAGCCCUGCUCCUAGGAAGUGCGUCAAUGUCGACUAUCUAGAUCUGGACUUUAAACCGAAUUCACCGAUCCCACACAGAAAGCCCUCCACGUCCUCUAUUACCUCAGAUGAGAAGGUGGACUACGUGCAGGUAGACAAAGAGAAGACGCAGGCGCUCCAGAACACUAUGCUGGAAUGGACAGAUGUCCGACAGUCUUCAGAAUCCGCCAAGGGAGUGAAGUCCUGAUAGAGAAACAGCAAGACAGAACGAGACGUAACGUUCCCUCAGAAUCAACGUGCUGUUCUCAACUCUAGUACCUGAUAUCGCCAAUACUAACAAUGUUAUUUUCGAAAAACAAACAUUUUCUUUGUGAAACAGACUUUACUGGAGGUCUGAACUAUUACGAAUGGUUCAUUUUAGCAAACAUUUUUCGUAAGCUUUACAGCAAAUUCUGGUCAUUCUCCAGUGGCGCAUGUCUUCUCACUGUGUCACGAAAGAACAGUGAAAGAAUACAUAGAUGAGUCCAUGAAGAUGAUACUGAAUAGGUGCAGCUUUUAAGGCAUUAAUGCUCAGUAUAUUUAUAUCUGGCUCGACACUGUUUUGUUCUCAGUACAAGAACCAAACCAUGAUGUAAUUUGAAAAAAUGGUCCAGUAAGAUAGAUGAAAACAACUGCAGUGAAAAUCUCAGUUCCAAGGUUAAAGUCAAAUAUAUACACAGAAAAAAGAAACACUUUAUGUUGAUGGUUAUGCAAGAUCAGAAACCUUUCAAAACAAAUUGUGAGUUAUAAUACUUAGCAACAGGGUCAGUUUCAUAUUGCCCAUUACAAAUGCACACACGGUACUUGGGCAGCAUGGUAUAGUGUCUUAAUGAACUAUGCCUUUGGAAAGCAAAGCUGUUGGAAUACGAUAUGGGGGCUAUGUGCAUCAGUCUUCCAAGGGUUUCUUCAGAAUACAUACAAACACAACGGAGGAGCUCACUAAUGUUCCUAAUUUGUACACAUAUAAGCCUGUUUUUAAUCAGCUGUGGAAAAGCUGUUUAUUAAUAUAAGUGACUGUAUAUAAAUGUGCAUGUUUUAUCCUUCUGUAAUCCACUAAUCCCUGGUAUUUCAUUCAGUGCUGCACAAGUUAAACAGGUUAACUAUAGUGAAGAAUAUUACAGUUUUUUUACAAAGCAGGAUUGAACUGCAGCUGAGUGUAUACGUGAUCUACUGUGUGAUGCGUUGAUGUAUCAUCUGCCAGUGCCAAUGGCUAACAGAAAUGAAAACACAGAUUUUUUUAACUCACAGUCUUUUUAAAUGCUGCCUUAAUGGCAUACUUACUUUAAAAACCAAGGUUCCUUUCUUCAGUUCCUAUUGCAACACUGCCCUGCUAAAAAUGGAUGUAUUUCAAGUAUAACCCUAGAAUAUAAUUAAAUUACAACACUCAUAUCCUUUUAUCAACUUUGAAAAAGAAUCAAAUAACAAGAACUGUGAUAACGAAAACUGCUAAAAGCCACUAAAAGGAUAGCACCACCAUAAUUAAAUCCAAAACUAUUGGUUUGAGAAAAGACAAUUGAACUGCUGACCAGCUUAAGCAUCUAUGCGAACCACUGUUUGGUUGGUCUUAUUCCAAAUGGUAUAUACAGGAUAAGUUUAAGAUGAUUACCCUAAAGUUAUUUUCAGCUUGCGUUUACAAACUAAAAACACAAGGGUAUAGAGAAAGUAACCAAGAAUGGCCAACUUGUGUCUGAAACUUGUUACUUAUUUUUUAUUGUGACUUUGUAUUUUUUUUUUUUUUUGAAAGAAUGAAAUCAAGAAAUAACUUUAAGCUGUUGUCUGCUUUUAAAAUGUUGUUGUUCACCUUUUUUUUUUUUUUUUACAAAUAAUGUUUACAUUAAUUGUGUUGCACUUUUCUAUGGUUAUUGUCAAAUUCAAUAUUUAAAAGCAAAUACAAGAGGUUAAACUUUCUUUAA